GUGGAACUCCCACUUGGACGAGCACACAUACGAUUGUUCUCGAUUAACAUGCCUUCUGCACUCAUUCUCAUAGCCGACGGAACUGAGGAGAUUGAAUUCACCAUCACCUAUGACACUCUCGUCCGGGCUGGUGUCAAGUGCACCUCCGCGUAUGUUCAUUCCGAAGAGACCGCCUCGAAGGACCGGAUGAGCCCGCCUUUCGUGCAGGGCUCGCGCGGAAUCAACAUCCUCCCCGACACGUACCUCUCGCAGCAGGCUCAUGCCCCAGACCAUUAUGACCUACUGGUGAUCCCCGGUGGCGCUAAAGGCGCGGAGACAAUCUCGAGCAGCUCGCCCGUGCAGUCCCUCGUCAGGGCAUACCUGAAAGAAGGGAAGUACGUUGGAAUGAUUUGCGCAGGAAGCCUAGCAGCUCUUCGCUCCGGCUUACCCAAACAGCCGCUCACCUCGCACCCAAGCGUGAAGAGUCAACUCGAGAAAGACUUCGACUACUCGGAGGAGCCCGUGGUCGUGUCCGGUCAUCUUGUUACAAGCCGAGGGCCAGGCACCGCCUUCCCCUUCGCGCUCACACUCGUUGAGCUGCUCUGCGGGGAGCAGAAGCGCACAGAAGUCGCGGGCCCGAUGAUCUUCCCGCCUGGGACGUUCGCGUGAGCUGUUGUCAAGAGUGCAGAUGCGACGAGUCAAGACGGAAUUGCGGCAGAACAUUAUGCGUGCGUGCAGGAUUAGUGCUGAGUAAAGUAAGUCCUGUAUAUUUGUAUGAUAUUUCGAGUGCCGUACUCUGUUGUGAUCGACUCGGUCCUUUAUCAAGCGUGUUGUAGGAGGAAGAUCAGCAUGGAAGGUGGUGGCAGCGACGGCUUCAAGAAAAAUAGAUCGCAGGAAGUGCAUCGGAUCAUAUGCGAUGCAUUUGAAGGAAUCGACACCGCUCACCUCUCCCCAGUCUGUCUGUCACUGACUGCCCAUAUAUGCUGCUGGACCUAAAAAUUGUACUGUACGGCAUGGGCGCAUGGCGAAGUCAACGAGCGUGCUGUUCGUCAUGCGUUGUGUGGUGGUAAAAAGUCCUGAAAUGAGAUGUUACCAUGAUGCGAGUUGGCCUUCGCAGGUGCCCAGCGACCCCACCUCACUGGGUGCAUCGGAUUCGUAGCCUGAGACU